AUGGCCAUGGCUCCAGAGCCGGCUCUUGGCUUCGGCUCUGAGAGGGUUUGCUUAAAUUUUGCAUGGGAGCUAAGAGCCAAAACUUUGGCCUGUGAAUCUCUGGCUAUGACUUUUCAAGUCAGCGAUAGUUCGGGUCAAAAGAACUCCUACAAGGCCGGCAAAGCCGUUGGAUCGCAAAGGCACGGCGGAGAAAAGACUUUCAAAAUUGGCAAAGACUUUCAAAACGGCGCUGCGACUUUCCAAUUCAGCGACUUUUUUCUUUCGGGUCAAAGAUACUAUGGAACGUGUCGGUGUCGUCGCUGA